AUUGUGAUCAGUAUUUCAAAGCCAUCAACAAGAUCCACUACAGGUUCAAUAAUGCCUCCACAGUUGAAAGCAGAGGUAAACGUCAUGCCCAAGGUUGUCCAGGGGGAUUUGCAGAGCCUGCCUCCAGAAGCGAGGUAUUUCAUUGAAAGUAGUGCCAAGCUGUGCCAGCCUGAGAGUAUUCAUAUCUGUGAUGGCUCGGAAGAAGAAAACAAAAAAAUUCUGGACAUCAUGGUAGAACAAGGCAUGAUCAAAAAGCUGAAGAAGUAUGAGAACUGCUGGUUGGCUCUCACUGAUCCAAGAGAUGUGGCAAGAAUAGAGAGCAAAACCGUCAUCAUCACUCAAGAACAGAGAGAUACCACUCCGAUCCCUAAAACUGGAGCUAGCCAGCUGGGUCGCUGGAUGUCUGAAGAAGACUUUGAGAAAGCCUUCAAUACCAGGUUCCCAGGCUGCAUGCAAGGACGUACAAUGUAUGUCAUCCCCUUCAGCAUGGGGCCUAUUGGGUCUCCUUUGUCCAAGAUUGGGAUUGAGCUGACAGAUUCGCCAUACGUAGUGGCCAGCAUGAGGAUCAUGACGCGCAUGGGGACAGCUGCUUUGAAAGCCCUGAGCAACGGGGAUUUUGUAAAAUGCCUUCACUCGGUUGGAUGUCCUCUACCACUAAAAGAACCGUUAAUCAACAACUGGCCGUGCAACCCGGAGUUAACGCUGAUUGCCCAUCUCCCGGAUCGCAGAGAGAUCAUUUCAUUUGGCAGCGGUUAUGGAGGAAACUCCUUACUGGGGAAAAAAUGCUUUGCUCUCAGAAUUGCCAGCAGAAUCGCCAAAGAGGAGGGCUGGCUAGCUGAGCACAUGCUGAUCCUGGGCAUUACCAAUCCAGAAGGUGAAAAGAAGUAUUUUGCUGCAGCAUUCCCUAGUGCAUGUGGAAAAACUAACUUGGCCAUGAUGAACCCAAGCCUGCCAGGAUGGAAAAUUGAGUGUGUGGGUGAUGAUAUUGCCUGGAUGAAAUUUGAUGAACAAGGCAACUUAAGGGCAAUCAAUCCAGAAAAUGGCUUUUUUGGUGUUGCCCCUGGAACCUCAGUCAAAACAAACCCCAAUGCUAUUAAAACCAUAUUCAAGAACACCAUCUUUACCAAUGUAGCAGAAACCAGUGAUGGAGGUGUCUAUUGGGAAGGCAUUGAUGAGCCAUUACCACCAGGAGUAACACUGACCUCAUGGAAGAGCAAGGAUUGGACCCCAGAUAAUGGGGAACCUUGUGCUCAUCCCAACUCACGAUUCUGCACUCCAGCCAGCCAGUGCCCUAUCAUGGACCCUGCAUGGGAAUCAGCUGAAGGUGUGCCCAUUGAAGGGAUAAUAUUUGGAGGCCGCAGACCUGCUGGUGUGCCUCUCGUAUAUGAGGCCUUUAACUGGCAGCAUGGAGUAUUUAUAGGAGCAGCUAUGAGAUCUGAAGCAACAGCAGCUGCUGAGCACAAAGGCAAAGUCAUUAUGCACGAUCCAUUUGCCAUGAGACCUUUCUUUGGCUACAACUUUGGCAAAUACUUGGCCCACUGGCUCAGCAUGGCACAUCGUCCAGCUGCAAAACUACCAAGGAUCUUUCAUGUUAACUGGUUCCGGAAAGACAGCCAGGGGAAAUUCCUGUGGCCUGGCUAUGGGGAGAAUUCCCGUGUGCUGGAGUGGAUGUUCAACAGAAUUGAAGGGAAAGCCUCUGCCAAGCCAACUGCCAUAGGUUACAUCCCUGCUGACACUGCUUUGAACUUGAAGGGUUUAGAAGAUGUCAACUUGACAGAACUGUUUGAUAUCUCCAAAGAGUUCUGGGAAAAGGAGGUAGAAGAAAUCAAGCAAUACUUUGAAGUGCAAGUUAAUGCUGACCUUCCCUAUGAAAUAGAAAGGGAAACGCUUGCCUUAGAGAUGAGGAUAAAACAGUUGUAG